AUGACAAUUUCCGACAACACUAAGAUAGGAAUCGGACGGACGUUGGUGGAAUCAUUCCUGCUCCGCCCUAAGCAUACCGUUAUUGCCAGUGUCCGCGACACAACCGCAGACUACGUCAAGGAACUAGAGGCUUUGCCCAAGUCCGAUGGUUCGCGUAUACAGCUAGUAAAGAUUGAAAGUAGCAACUCGGCCGACCCAGCGGCAGCCAUCAAGGACCUCAAGGACGUCGACCAUAUCGAUGUGGUGGUGGCCAAUGCCGGCGGAGCCGGCGAGAAAGGCCUUAUUUCAUUGGAUUUGGUGAGCCCCGAGAGCGCGGCUGAUGUAUUUACCGUGAAUACGCUCGGGCCCCUGGCCCUGUACCAGGCCGUCAAGCCUUUACUGGAGAAGGCCCAGGCCCCAAAGUGGGUUUCGGUCAGCAGUGCAGCCGGUUCAAUUGGUCGACUUGAGGUUCACGGGGCUCACAUCGUUCCGGCGUACGGAAUCGCCAAGGCAGGCUUAAACUGGCUCACUACUGCUAUCCACAGCGCCAACAAAGGCUUCAUCGCCUUUGCCGUGCAUCCUGGUCUCGUGCAAACGGAGCCCGGCAACAAGGCUGCCCGAGGAAUGGGCCUUUCGCAGGCCCCUAUCUCCCAGCGUCAAAGUGUUGAUGCCAUGUUGAACCUCAUUGAUAAUUCGACCCGGGAGACGACCUCGGGCAAGUUUUGGUACGUGAUUGAUGGUACGGAGGUCCCGUGGUAG